UUUUUUCCCUAGAACACCGUACCACGCGCCUGUCCUAUUCCGAAAGAUCCCGAAUCUUACCUCGCUAAUUCCGAAGGGAGCCGAGGAAAACCCGAGGAUCCGCGCAUAGACGAGAGCCGCUGUUUCCAAUUCACCAUUGCUAACAGCCAUUUCAUUUAGGUCAUUUCUAGUUUUCAUUAUUUAUACAAUGACUGAGGAUGGAUUCCGAACGACUUGACAUGUCCGUGAAAGACCUGGGAUUUGGGAUUUAUCACCGCAAACAAUGAAUCGUUUUUUCAAUCCCAUCAAAGACCAAACCAGACGUGUGCAUUUUUAAAUAUAUAGGGCGCCUACAGUGUACAUAUUUUCAAAAAGGAUGACUGCACUCUGAACGGAGUCCGCAUAUUGGCCUACAGUUGAAUAUGGAAGAGGAUGGGUUAUCACUGAAAAUAUAAAAUCACAAGAGACUAGAAUGGUCGAAAAAAGGCGUCUCUUUUUUUGAUGGAGAAUCCAACAAGCAGAGCAAGCCCCACAAUAAAAGCGUGAUGUUCUGUAAUAUGACCACCGUUAUUUUCAAAAUUGAGAUGCGUUUACCAGUGAUAGGAUCCAGUUGAUGACAUUCACCGAGAAAUAAGUAUUUGAAAACAGAAAAGAUUGUCAGAAUUGGAAUUUACCCAUUUGUUCUAUUCUGUCAGUGUGAUGGGAAUUUAUUGCUGAACAUUGGGAGAGCUUUAUGGAAAACCCGAAGACAUGACAUGCACACGAAAAAAGAGAAAACGAUCCUUUUUGUUCUUUAAAACCUGUGUUUAUUUAAGAAGUCUGCAACAGGCUUAAUUGACGGGGGAGCCUUGCCAAAGUAAAAGUAUAUGUGCAUUAAGAUCUGAUUCUACUGAGGUGACAAUACCCUGUAUAAAUGAUGUUUUCAGUCAUUUAAUUGUGAAGGAUGUCGACAUUCAUUGUGGAUUAUAUUUGGAAUUUAUGCUCGUUUUGUUGACCCCUCUAUGCCAUUUACUGUUGCUUUACCAUGAUCUUUGAAUCAUUUUAUAUUUAAUGUGGACUGCAAAAAGCGGCCUAGAAUAAAAUCCUAAACCUUUGUCUCGAGGACAAGCAUAAUAAAUAAGGAGCUGAAGCUGUGAGAAGAAGAGGCACGAGAGGUAGAGCUACAGGAAACAAGGGGCUUAGUGAAAAAUGGGGCAAUGCAGACUGAAGCGCUCCGGUUCCAUGUGAGAUCAAAAGGAGAGGCAACCACGAGGACGAACGAAAGGGCAGCUGGAGGAGGAGGCGGAGGAGGAGAGGGAGAAGGAGGAGUGGAUUUCAGGAGAGAAGUGGGCAUAACCUGGGAGACAAAGGGAUGGCCAAUGGCAACGAGACCAGUGAGGGGCUCGCCGGUCCCCUGGCGGCGGUGGUGGCCACGACGGGAGGGAUGGCAGUCGGGGGCCCAUCGUCAGCUGUGUCCACCUACAUCAAACUGGUCCUACUGGGGCUAAUCAUCUGCAUCAGCCUGGUGGGGAACCUGGUGGUGUCUCUGCUGGUCCUCAGGGACCGGGCCCUGCACAAGGCCCCCUACUACUUCCUGCUGGACCUGUGCCUGGCCGACACUAUCCGCUCGGCCGUCUGCUUCCCCUUCGUGCUGGUGUCCAUCAAGAACGGCUCGGCCUGGACCUACAGCGUGCUCAGCUGCAAGGUGGUGGCCUUCAUGGCCGUGCUCUUCUGCUUCCAUGCCGCCUUCAUGUUAUUUUGCAUCAGCGUGACGCGCUACAUGGCCAUCGCCCACCACCGCUUCUACUCCAAGCGCAUGACCUUCUGGACGUGCGUGGCGGUGGUGUGCAUGGUGUGGACACUGUCGGUGGCCAUGGCCUUCCCACCUGUCUUUGAUGUGGGCACCUACAAGUUCAUCCGCGAGGAGGACCAGUGCAUCUUCGAGCACCGCUACUUCAAGGCAAACGACACACUGGGCUUUAUGCUGAUGCUGGCCGUGCUGAUCCUGGCCACGCACGUGGUCUACAUGAAACUGCUGCUCUUCGAGUACAAGCACCGCAAGAUGAAGCCCGUCCAGAUGGUGCCAGCUAUUAGCCAAAACUGGACCUUCCAUGGGCCUGGCGCCACCGGCCAGGCGGCAGCCAACUGGAUCGCAGGCUUUGGUCGGGGCCCCAUGCCGCCCACCCUGCUGGGCAUCCGGCAGAACUUGCACAACCAGAACCGGCGCCUGUUGGGCAUGGAGGAGUUCAAGGCGGAGAAGCAGCUCGGCAGGAUGUUCUACGUGAUCACCCUGUUGUUCCUGGUGCUGUGGUCACCCUACAUAGUGGCCUGCUACUGGCGGGUGUUUGUCAAGGCCUGCACCAUACCGCACCGGUACCUCUCCACUACCGUAUGGAUGAGCUUUGCCCAGGCAGGGGUAAACCCCAUUGUCUGCUUCUUCCUCAACAAGGACCUGAAGAAGGGGCUCCUGGCACACCUGCCAGCCAGCUGUAGGACUAAACCUCAUCUGCCCCGAGAGCCUUAUCGCGUCAUGUGAGGGGGGCGGUGGGCGGUCGUUACCUGGGGAGGGUGGGGUGGGGGGGUGGCAGGGAUGUCUGGGAGUUGUUUGGUUGGCUGAGGGACCAUUUGAGUUGUUGUGGCCUUUGAUUCAGUGCAAGAUGAUUUAAAAGGGGUGGGUGUCAGUCUGGAACUGUUGAAGAGGUUAAAAUUUCAGAAUUCCAUUCACCUCCAUGUGAUGUAUCUGGGUUUCUGCUUGUCAGAGGAGAGCAUAGGUAUUUCAAGCUUAUUUGGGAUGUUCUAAAUUGUUUUUCUAAAGUCUUAUUGGGGGAGUAUUACACACAGUAACAGGCAUGUGGUUGCUGCAGUGUAGAAACCAUGAAACCAAUUGUUGGUCUAAAAUUAUUAUAGAAAGAAUGUAUGACUUCCUUAUUUUAUUAUCAAACCAAAAACACCUUUGACUCAAGCUUAUAGAUUUGGAUACAUUUUUAGAUCAGUUACAUUAAAUUGCUAACUGCCAUUUUUAUGUUAUUUUUUUAAAUAUAAAUGGCCUUCUCCACACAGAAAGAAUAGGAGACUGAACCAACAACAAAAGAGUCCAUCUCAAAUGCAUGUAUGUAUUCUUACUUUUAAUGUGGAACAAAUAUGAAACUGCUUCCUUCAACUGCUUGAAUCAAAGGCAUCAGCAACACAGUCAAACAUACAAAAUAUGAGUUUUGUACAAAUAGCAUAUUCAGGCACUCUCACGGGUUUAUUUAGUGUUUCUCAGAUUAAUUAUUAUGUUUAUUUAUUUGUCCAUCUUGAGAUCUGACGUAAUUUUAAUGAUUUGAACAACUAAUACCCUUGAAAGAAAACAUGCAAGAUUUAGUGAAGUCGACGGAAGUAGAAACUGACAAGAGGCUAUCAUGGAAUGUCAGCAAGAGUUAUUAUGGCAUGGUCAUACGUUACAAAAAUGUGCAAGUAACAUUCUCAUUUGGUCUAACGAACACCUCAAAUCAGUGAACUAUGGGAGAUGGGAAAAACACGUGUUAACAAGAGCUGCCAUCGAGAAAAGUUUGAUCUUGUGUUCAUUAGCGUUGAACAGAAAUGAGCAGAUACUAAUUGUGAAGUGUUAAUAGUCAGACAGAAUUAUGAAGUGCAUGUUUAGGUGAUAUUUGUGUUAUCCCAUGAUUCCCGAGGAUAACUUAAACAAAACAAUGCCCCAAUCAAGGACAAACUAUGAGAAUCUGAGUCCAUUUUAUAACAGAAAACCAAUGAUGCAUUGACAGAAAAUGCUCAGUGCUCUUUCUAAAUUCCUGUUGCUGCAGGUGGUAUUGUUACAGAUGAUUGAACACCUUGGAAAUCUCUUUAAAUCUCGCAAAUUGUUUAAAAAGACAGUGAUAGGAAUGUUCAUAAAAGCUAAAUCAGAAUGUUUAUAUCUUCAGAUAGGAUAAAGUUAUUUAUCUUUGAUGACAUCAUCACUUCACAUGACGGUCUUGGAAGAGGGGUGGGGGGAAAAACUUGCCCAUUUAUGUUUUUGCACAUUGGAGGAUGAUAAAUCAAUAGUUUUUUCUUAACAUGAUUUAGAAUUGAACCAGAAUGCUAACCAAGUGUAGACCAGGACACAGAGAUUGUAAUAUCUUAAGUGAAUGUCAAGGAGAGGUUUGGAACGUGAUACUAUCCCUUUGUGGGUACAACUGUACGUUUUUGGGGGGGUUUUCUAAUUGUCUACUGUUGUCUGCAAACGAUAACAAUGACACCCAUCUAACAAUAACAAUGAAAAAGCAACAGAAAUUUGAAUUGUUAUUUCUAUUAUCUGGGUUAUGGCCUUACUCUGUACAAAAAAAAAAAAGUUUGUUUAUAACCAAUGCAAGAAAGAGUUGACAGCUGUAUACCUCUAUGUGUUGAAGUAAUAAACAUCAAGGGAUUAUUCCAACUGAUGGGGAAACACAACACUGUGUAAUUAAUGACUUUCGGUGGGAACGCAUAACUCUCCCCCUCGCAACCUAAGAGUAAAAGCUCCAGUCAAAAACUUUAACAUGGAUGGUAUUAGAGAAAAAACACUUGCCAAAUUGUAACACGGGAGUGUACAAUUUUGUGCAAAGGACAGAGAAAACUUUAAUCCAAAACGGAUAAUUAAUGGAAUUAACAAAAGCCCUUCCUGGAUUAUUGUGGAUUUCUUUCAGAAUUUUUGUUGUUGUUUCUUCUCUUAUCAGUGGGAGGGGGGGAGGGGAUGAGGCUGGUGUUGUGUAUUGAUCUGUGAAAACAAGGAAUGAAAAAAGAUGUGUGAAUUUUGGGGUUGGUGUGUGUUGGGGAGGGAAGGAGGGAGACCGGGGGUGAUUUUUUGAUAAGCAGAAAUGCCUGACAGUGCUUUUUUUGUUGCUUCAGGCACACUACCUUUUGUAAAUUAACUGUGACCUCUGUACUAUUUAAUGUGUAUUAUAUGGACAAUGGACUAACUUGGAACUGGGGGGGGGGGGUCCUGGACAUCAUAUUUUUACCAUGCAUGUGUGUGUGAGUGUUUCUGUACGUAAGUAUGAUGGUGUGUAUGUUUAGAGGCUAGACUAGAGGGGUGAAAACCAAGGAUAUUUGGGGAAUAGGAAUGGCCAGAAACACGUUGCAUUUUGAAAAAUGUCAGUCCUGCAAAUGCUUAUUCGAGUCUUUUUCACCCUCAGCCUGUUCCUGACACAGAGAAUUGAAUGUGCUAAAACCAAUGAGGUUCAUUCAAAAACCUGAUGCAACGAGUGUGUCUUCUUAAACCAUUGAAUUGCAAAGCCUCUAGAGGUAUAACAUUUUUUACAUGUGCAGUUCCUCUUAAUUGGACGACAGAGCCUUCUGUCUGAAUGGGGAUUAUGUUAUUGCUUGUAUGGGAAUAUAAAGGUUGAAGACAGUUUGAGAUUGUCUUGGGGUGAGUGGUUCUAUCCACACAGAUACUAUGAUUAUUGCACUCUUAUUCAUUUCCAAUGUGUCUCAGUGAAAGGAAUAACAUCAUAUAAAAUAAUGUUAUACAUGAUUUUUUGUUUGGUUUGAAAUACACUGCAUUUUGUUAGUCAUAGAACUGAUUCAAUUUCUAUCUCUUCUGUAGUGUUUGGGCUUUGUAAAAGCCCAAAACCAUCCAAAAGCCAAUUUGACUUCUGAAUAUUUCAUUUUAUGUCUCAUCUAAGUUCAUGGAUUUUACAGUGUAGCUGUAGUUAUUAUGACCCUGUAUGUGGAGACUACAUACAUACUUAUGUUGUGGAUUUAAAAUAAGAAAUUUCACAUGUGCGCAUCCACAGUGUUAUUAUACAUGAAAUCUAUGAAAAUACAGAAUCAUAAGAAUAGUCUCUGAAUAGUAGAACAAAUCCUGAAUUUCAGAACUUAAACACUUUUUUUACUUUACCCUUUAAUUAAGCUGGACCCCAAAAUGUCAAAGCUCACAGAACAAUCUGCAGAUGAAUAUCAAACGUAAAAUACAAGAGGUUUGAAGGAUACCUAUGUAAAUGUCUUUAAACCUCUAAAUAUUAUGGAAGCAGCAAGUCAGAGUGUGUGAUUUCCAUUUCUUUCUUGUAUUAUUUAAAAAGAAAAUGGUUGAGCUGUUAAGCAUGUCUCUGGCCAUUUAGGAUUUUUGUUGUUGGUUUUUGUAAUGAAAAAUAAAUUUCCUUUGAAACUA